GUUCAUUUUGUUCUAUGAAGCCAAACAACUGCCAUUUUCGUUUCUCGUUUGGCAUCUAAAUCAAAUUUCCUCAAAGAUAUUGGAUAACGUUUAGUAAAAGGAUUACAAUUACAAACUUGAUAUCAAGAUGAGUGGUGGACGUAAUGAUUGUCGUAUAUAUGUGGGAAAUCUUCCUCCUGAUAUCAGAACCAAGGAUAUUCAAGAUCUUUUCUACAAAUUCGGCAAAGUUACCUUUGUUGAUUUGAAGAAUAGAAGAGGCCCUCCCUUUGCUUUCGUCGAAUUUGAAGACCCAAGGGACGCCGAUGACGCUGUUCAUGCUAGAGACGGUUACGACUACGAUGGUUAUAGACUCAGAGUAGAAUUUCCAAGAGGUGGUGGCCAUGGUGGGUACAGAGGCGGACGAGGAGGUGGAGGAGAUCGCGGAAGAAGUUCCAGAGGUCCGCCGGCCAGGCGGUCCCAAUUUCGAGUACUUGUUACUGGUCUUCCACAAUCUGGUUCUUGGCAAGACUUGAAGGACCACAUGAGAGAGGCUGGUGACGUAUGCUUUGCAGAUUCUUUCAAAGAUGGAUCAGGUGUUGUAGAAUUUCUAAGAUAUGAAGACAUGAAAUAUGCGAUAAAGAAGCUGGAUGAUUCAAGGUUCAGAUCACAUGAGGGAGAGGUAUCCUACAUUCGAGUGAAAGAGGACAAAGGCGGUAGCGACAGAAGGUCAGGAGCAAGGUCCCGUAGUCGAUCCUAUUCACCGAAACGACGCGGUUCUCCAACUUACUCCCCUGUAAAGCGCAGCUUCUCUAGGAGCAGAUCCCGUUCCUAAACAGCGAACCAGUUUUAAUUUUAAAUUUAGGAAGGAUUUUCUCCGUUCACUUGCAGUGUAUGUAUUACUUGUGUUUGUUCCGCAAAUUUUGUUAAAACUAUUGAUUUCUUUUUUGCGAAGAAAAAUUCAUUAUUCCUUGAUUCAUUCAUAGCAUAUGUUUCUGAGAACAUUCCUUCUUUUUGUAUGAUUUUGCAGCAUUCGGUGAAUGUAUAUAUGUAAUUGAUACUAAUGAUUUUUUUCUGCAAUUAUGAGAAUCGCCAUUGGAUAAGGAUAAAGGGAGGAUGAUCAUAGAAUUGGAUUGAAAUAAAUAUCGCAUAAAAUAAG